AUGUCUUUUAAAGCAGGGUAUCAUACUAUAUCAUUCCUAUUUAUACUAGUAUCAUUUGUAUUUUUAUUAUUUGCUACUAUUAGUUAUCCUGUUGUUGAUAUAUUUGCCUUGAGUAAAACUCUGGAUAAUAAAUAUGGGAUUUUUGGAGUUUGUCUGACAUCCAACAGUAAUGAUUGUACUGUUGGUUAUCCCCUUGAUUUUGCUGGUUCCAUGAAAGAUAAUCUGUCAGGUUAUUUAUUUAUAAAUGAUACUAGAACUACAUUGGCGAAAAUAUUUGUUUUAGCACCUAUUGCCCUUGGAUUUGAUUUAAUUUUAUUGAUUGUUAUUUUUGCCAUUCAUUUUGGAUCUCGUAUAACAGUAUUGGUUGGGAUUUUCCUUAAUGUGAUUUCAACAAUUGCAUCAAUUAUUGCUUGUGUGGUUAUAAUUUUAUGUUUUUAUCCUCAUGUAACUUGGGUUCCUUGGACAUUAGUGGCGGCAGCAGCUAUCACAUUUAUUUCAUUAAUUCUUUUGAUUAUAAGUUUGACAGUUGUUGGAAAUGAUGACGAUGAUGAUGAUGCUAAAUCUAAUUUUGAUAAUGAAGAUUUUGGAAGAUUCACUAAUUAUAAUCGUAUUGAUGAUAAAUUUAACCAUAUUCAAACCGCUACUUUCAAGACAAGCAAUUCCCUCGAUAAUGAUUAUGAAUAUAAACCUCAUAACAAUAAUAGUACUAAUGUUAAUAAUACGAAUUUUGCUGGUGGAGCAAUGAAUAAGUUUCCAAAUAAUAAUGGUACUGUUAAUAAUUCUCGAGGAGCUGUUAAUGGUGGAUCCACUACUGGUUCUGGUGUUGGGUCAGGCACUGUUAUUUCAGGUAUGAAUCCUCCUGGUCAUAAAAAUGGUUCACUUACUAGUAAUUCAUCCUCUUACUAUAACAAUCCACAAACUGCUACUGAUUUUACUCAAAGAAAUAAGCCUAAUGCUUAUCAACCAAGUUCAUUAGGUGCUGGCAGCAAUAAUGGUAACACUGCGUCAUCCCUUCCUUAUCCUCCUGGUACGCCAAUUGUUAACAAUAACAAUAAUAGUAGAAACAAUUAUCAACCAGGAGUUUUUGAUCACCAUCUUGGAGUUGAAGGUCAUAAACCAUUUACAGAAUUGGAUGAUGAUUUUGAUGACGAAGAAGAAGAUUUAGCUAAUAAUCGACGUGAAAUUGUUAAUACUAAUGAUUCUGAUAAUGAUUCUGAUUUUACUAGUGUUUCACAACGACCACCUAAUCCUCAAUAUUAUGGAAGUAAUUCUGGAAAUGGAACUGUCGGAGGUGGUGGAUAUUUACCUUCAAGUGUGGUUAAUCAAUAUUCUAAUGUUCAACAAUAUCAACCUUUACAUCAACAAGGUAUGCCACCAGGUCCUCCACCUCCUCAACAACAUAGACCUACUGGUCAAUAUUCUCCCUCUACAAAUAUGGGUUAUAACAAUAUGCCACUCAGAAGUGGUGGUGGAGUACCGCCACCAGUGGCUGGAUCUUAUUUCCCUAAUCAAGGACCUGUACCUCCACCCGCACCACCAUCACAGCAACAACAAGUGAGAGGACCAACUAUAUCUGAUAAUGUAUUGAAUAAUAAUCCUGAUUUCCAAUUUAGCCGUGGUGGUCAACAACAAAAACGUAGAGUUAAUCCAGGAUUUGUGCCUGUGGCAGCAAGAUAUAAUAACAACCAAACUGGACCAGGAAGUAAAAACCAAAAUGCUAGUGCUUUGAUGGGAAGAAGAGAGAAUACUGGACCUAGAAAUGGUCCUUAUGGUAUAACUAGAUGA